AUGGACGGAGGGGUCGGCGGCGGCACCGAGCGUGCGCUGCUGGCGAGCGGCUUCUUGCUCUUUUCCUCAACCGUCGCUCUCUUCUGUCUGGAGCGCAAGCGACACCGUCAGCGCGUAUGGCGCCAGCGUCUGACCUACAAGAAGCUGUCAAAAUCAUCCGACCUGGGAGCGUCUUUCGGUUUGGACAUCGGUGGCACGUUGGCCAAAAUCGUGUACUUCGAGCGCCACGAGGCCGGCAACGACACGCGUAAGCGGCCGCGCUCUCCAUCGCUGGAUGUGGCGGCAGGCGAGAUGAAUGAGUUUUUGCGCGAACAUCACUCGUUCGGCACGACUGGCGUUCAAGACGUGAGACUGCGGAUUCAUUCCAAGACGCUCAACGGAAUCUUCCACUUUGUACGGUUCGAGAGCAACAAGACGCGGGACGCCAUUGAGUUCAUCACGAGCAACGGGAUCAAUCAGUCGUUGCGGAUCUUGCCCUGCACGGGAGGGGGAGCUCACAAGUAUGGCCCUGCAUUCAAUGGGAUCGCUGGAAUCGAGCUGGAGAAAUACGACGAGAUCGACUGCACCAUUCUGGGACUGCACCUGCUGCUCACGACGCUGCCUGACGAAGUGUACACUUUUGAGGUCGUGGAUUUCAAUUCAUUGGCGGCGUCUCGGGUGAAAACCAUUCGUACUGAUACUGAGGAAGAUGUUUACCCGUAUCUGCUUGUCAGUAUUGGUUUGGGAGUGAGUGUGCUAUAUGUCAAAGGACCAGGAGAUUAUGAACGUGUGAGCGGUAGCAGUAUCGGUGGUGGCACUUAUUGGGGGCUUUGUCGUUUGAUGACCAACUGUGACACAUACGAUGAAGCCUUGGACUUGUGUGUCCAUGGCUCCAACAAAUCGGUGGAUAUGAGUGUAGGCGAUAUCUACGGUGGUGCUUACGACAAAUUCAAACUUCCGGCUUCGACGGUAGCCAGCAGCUUCGGUAAAAUGAUUACAGUAUCUCGAGAAAGCGUGAGCGACGCCGAUCUCGCUCGAUCACUGCUCGUCAUGAUCACGCAGAACAUUGGCCAAGUUGCCUUUCUGAACGCGACUCUGUACAAGACCAAGAACAUUUUCUUCGUCGGCAACUUUCUUCGACACAACAAGAUUUCGUCUCGGACGUUGGCGUAUGCAAUUAACUUCUGGUCCCACGGGGCCAUGGAGGCGCGCUUUUGCAAACAUGAAGGAUAUUUCGGAGCUUUAGGAGCAUUCUUGCGCCACGCAGAGGCUACCAACGCCCACGGCGAAGAGUUUAUAUCGGCGGCAAGAAGAGCAUCCCGACAGUCCUCCUAGACACAAGACGAUGUUAAAGUUUGAGUUUCUUGCAAUAGAAACGUUCCAAUUGGUUGUCAGU